UUUUUAGAAAAAGAGUAGCAUGGGCAGUUCUGACAUCAUCGUUUGCGGUCACUCUGAUACUCAGCCUUGCUUUUAUUUAUUGGUGGCUAAAGAAAAAACAGAAGACUAAAUCAAGAUUGCUAAAACACUCUGUGUUGGCAGAUGAAGAUGCAAAAAACAUGGGAGACCCUGAUUUGCCGUUCUUUCCUCUUAGCACCAUACUAGCUGCCACAGACAAUUUCUCUCAGGUUAACAAACUAGGACAUGGUGGUUUUGGCCCUGUUCAUAAGGGCCAACUUUCUAAUGGACAAGAAGUGGCAGUAAAAAGAUUGUCCAAGAGUUCGGGUCAGGGGUUGGAAGAACUGAGAAAUGAAAUCAUGUUGAUUGCAAAACUUCAACAUAGGAAUCUUGUGAAACUCUUGGGAUGUUGCAUUGAGGGUGAAGAAAAGAUUUUAAUUUAUGAGUACUUGCCUAACAAAAGCUUGGAUUCCUUUAUAUUUGACCCAAAGAGAAGAGCGUGCCUGGAUUGGAGAACACGCUUUAAUAUUAUAAUUGGGGUUGCUCGUGGAGUACUAUAUCUUCAUCAAGAUUCAAGAUUGAGAAUCAUUCAUAGAGAUUUGAAAGCUAGUAAUGUUCUACUAGAUGACGACAUGAACCCAAAAAUUUCAGAUUUUGGCAUGGCUAGAACAUUGAAUGGGGAACAGAUUCAAGAUAAAACAAGGAGGAUUGUUGGAACAUAUGGUUACAUGUCGCCAGAAUAUGCAAUGUUCGGAAAAUUCUCUACAAAGUCCGACGUUUUUAGCUUUGGGGUGCUAUUGUUGGAGACCGUAAGUGGUAUGAAGAACCAAUAUUGCUGUGAGGGGGACACUUCAAUCAACUUAAUAGGGCGUGUUUGGGAACUGUGGAAAGAAGAAAGAGGGUUAGAGAUUGUAGAUUCAUUGCUGGAAUCUUACGAUUGUGAAGAAGUUUUGAGAUGCAUUCAAGUGGGGCUUCUUUGUGUGCAAGUAAACAUAAACGAUCGACCGAUGAUGUCAGUAGUGGUUCUCAUGUUGAGCAGUGAAAUAGCUUUGCCUUCUCCUAAACAGCCUGCAUAUGUGCUGAGGGAAUAUAGUAGCAAAGAUAUCACUGGUUCAGAAUUUGAAAAUCAAGGACCAUAUUCUACAAAUCAAGUGACAAUUACAACUGUCAUAGCUCGCUGACCAUUUGCUUUCUUCCUUGAGAAUUAAAUAUAAUUAGGUAGGAAGUGUGUCCAUAUUGUACUAACGUACCAUUCUUUCUCAUUCUCUGUUAUAUCUUUACACUCUCCUUUAAUGGCAGAUGAUAUAUCUCUUUAGCAUUAGGAUAAAUAUGCUUCCAAGCUUCUCCAUGGAUCUAACUCUAUAUGUUAUGUUAGGAAAAUAUGUAUUGCCUCAAUGGAAAUAGUAAAAACACCUUACAACUCUAAACAAAAUAUACAAAUAAACAAGAUUGAUUAAACAAU